CAACUUUUGAAUUCUUCAGGCUGCUGCUUCCACUGACCUUGUUCCUCCCUCCCAGACUCACUUUCACAGCUCCAAGCUUCUUGUUUUCUUUUUCCUUUUUUACUUUUUCGAAAGACUCACCUUAAAAGUUGAAACUUUAUCUGAAAUUUUUAUUUAAGGCCUAGCACUCUUAUCAUAUAUUUUAGUUUUGCUUUGUUUCUAUUAGAAUUGAAAAUGGUGCUUGCCCAAAAAAAAAAAGAAAUCUUUCAAAAUGAUGGUUUGUUGAUUACUUCUCUGUUAAGUUUGACUCUUGAAUUGUUUCAUUUUCAAAAUUUCACAAUCCCACUUGCUUCUGCGUUAUUUCCUCCAUUUUAAGUGGACAUUAGAUCUAUAUCUUCCAUGUUAUCCUAUUGUUUCUUGAAGACCAGCCCUUUUGAUUUUGACCUCAUAUGGUGAUCAGAAGACCAACUGCAAUUCUUCCUCUUCCUCUUCCUCUUCCUCUUCCUCUUCCUCCUAUUAUUUAUACCCGACUUGCUGUUUUCCUCGUCACACUUUCAUUUCCCUUUCCCUUCUCUCUUCAGGGGAAGCUAUGCCCUUCACUGUUGUCUGGUUUGUUGGGUUAUGUUCUCUUUUUCUUGGCUAUGGAGUCCAUGUUGAAGCCUCUCACCGGGGUUUCUCACACCUUCAAUCUCAGGAACAGAACACUACAGCGACUUAUCAGCCUUACAGAACCGGCUACCACUUCCAACCGGCUAAAAACUGGAUCAACGAUCCUAAUGGACCCAUGAUUUAUAAGGGAAUUUAUCAUCUCUUCUACCAGUACAAUCCAUAUGGUGCAGUCUGGGGUAACAUUGUCUGGGCACACGCCACUUCCACUGAUCUUGUCAAUUGGGUUCACCAUGAAUUUGCAAUCAAACCAUCCAUAGAAUCUGAUAUUAAUGGCUGUUGGUCUGGUUCGGCUACAAUCCUCCAUGGGGGAAAACCAGCCAUUCUUUAUACUGGUAUAGACCCACAAAACCGCCAAGUCCAAAAUUUAGCAUUUCCCAAGAACCUCUCUGAUCAGUUCCUGAGAGAAUGGAUUAAAUCACCUCAAAAUCCUGUCAUGACUCCCAUUGAUGGGAUCAAUGCAAGUUCAUUCAGGGAUCCCACCACCGCUUGGAAAGGUCCCGAUGGGCGAUGGAGGGUGAUCAUAGGAAGCAAAAUCGAUCGACUAGGGAAGGCAAUUCUUUAUAGGAGUAAGAAUUUCACUCACUGGGUCAGAGCCCACCACCCACUCCAUUCAUCCAAUAACACAGGAAUGUGGGAAUGCCCUGAUUUCUUCCCCGUCUCUGUGAACAGCACAGUUGGUCUUGACACUUCUGUGAAUGGUCCAAGUGUAAAGCAUGUGCUUAAGGUGAGCUUGGAUGAUAACAAACAUGACUGCUACACAAUUGGUGCUUAUGAUCUGAAAAAGGAUAAGUAUGUUCCGGACAAUGGUUCCAUCGACAAUAGCUCAGGCUUGAGAUAUGAUUAUGGAAAAUUUUAUGCUUCGAAGACAUUCUUUGACAGCUCUAAGAACCGAAGGAUACUAUUGGGUUGGAUUAAUGAAUCUGAUAGCGAACAAGAUGAUAUCAAGAAAGGAUGGUCAGGAAUUCAUGCAAUUCCAAGAAAUAUUUGGCUCGACAAAACUGGGAAGCAACUGGUGCAAUGGCCAAUUGAAGAAAUAGAGACGUUACGGGGAAAGCCAGUUGACUGGUUUAGUACAGAGAAGAAGGCAGGAUCAGAAUUUGAAGUUUUAGCUGCUGAUGCGUCGCAGAUACUAGAAGUUUUGGACAUCACUGCUGCACAGGUCGAUGUGGAGGUUUUGUUUGACUUGCCAACAUUGGAGAAGGCUGAAAACUUGGACCCAAGUUGGAAUGAUCCACUACUGCUUUGUAGUGAAAAAGGGGCUUCGGUAAGAGGAAGCUUAGGACCAUUUGGGUUGCUAGCUUUGGCUACCGAAGGCUUGGAAGAACAAACAGCCAUAUUUUUCAGGAUAUUCAAAGGUCAGGAUAGAUAUGUGGUGCUCAUGUGCAGUGACCAAAGCAGAUCUUCUUUGAGGCAAGACCUGGACAAAACCACCUAUGGAGCUUUUCUGGAUGUGGAUCCCCUUCAUGAAGGACUGUCACUAAGGAGCUUGAUAGAUCACUCCAUUGUUGAGAGUUUUGGUGGCAAUGGCAAAGCUUGUAUCAUAGCUAGGGUUUAUCCCAAACUAGCUAUAAAUGACAAUGCACACUUGUAUGUGUUUAAUAAUGGAACCGAAAAUGUAAGACUCUCAAAACUGAAAGCCUGGAGUAUGAAGAAAGCUCAUAUCAUCUAUUGAAAGGGAGGAGGCAAAAAGAAGAUAAAAGCAUAGAGGGACGCGAUUUGAUAUAAAACCAUGGUGAAGAUGCAUCUUAUCGAAUUAUUGGUUCCAAUCAUCCAGUGAAAGAUUAACUCAUUCAACAACUUUCCACACUACUAAUAAGCUAUUUGGUAGAUCUUAAAAAAUAAUAAGGUAGUAUCAACAUUUUUUAAUAAUUAGGGUUUUCAUUAUCUUAAGCCUCUUCUACUUGUAAGGUUUUGGGAUAUUUUAAAUCCUUGUACUUGGUGGGGUGAUUCGCUGAAGUCAACCCCAGACCCCAUUUACCUUGUAAUGAUUUUCACUUUUGCUUGGGAAUCAUUCUCAGCCAUAGUUAUUAAAAUAAAGUCUCUCUCUCUCUCUC